AUGAGCACCAUGUCUUCACGACAAAGUCCGUCAUCAGCCGAGAAACGCGCCUUGGCAAGUACCGCCGUCAAUGUCCCCGGCAUCGUUGUGCCCGGCAUUGUCCUCACCCAAGCAGGGGACCAUGACCUCGAGGCCGAGCGCGAGUUCCCACCACCAUCACCACAGCAGGUCGUCCUGCUCACCCCCGGCAUCAUCUAUCCCGGCCGCAAAGCGCGGGCAAUGCGCAGCAUUCCCCAGACGGCGAGACAGCUGGUGUGCGUUGCACUCGUCGCACUCGCUUUCUGGCAUCUCUGGAGCACACUCGACAUGGGCGCGAUGCAUGUGCCCAUCACAGACGUCACGCCAUGA